CGUAUUCUCUAUAGUGUAUUACCUAGGUAGGUAUUGUCCCAAAGCUCGAAGCCAUACCCAGUUGGGAUACCAAUCUCCCAUUGGUUGAUCAGCUUCAUCUCCACGCCUGCUCGUUCUUCUCUGCACCUAGUAUUUCGCGAAAACUCCGAUAGGCAUCCGCUGCUCCGAGACCUUUGGUCCGAUCACAUGUGCCUUUUCCCGUUCUGGAAACCAAUCUCUCAUUUGUUGAGGAGCUUCCCACUUCCCAAGUGCAAAUGGAGUCGGGCUUAUAAGAGACUCUGUCAACAGGAUCUAUCUCGUAGCCAGCUAGUCGACUCGAUAUCGAACCCCCUUCAGCCCUUAUUCAUUGCCCACCAUGUUCUCCCCGAGCUGGAUCAGGUCCCAGCUCAUCACUCUCCCCGUCCCUCCAGCCUCUUCCUUCGCCGGCCGCACAUACAUCGUAACAGGCGCUAAUAACGGCCUUGGCUACGAAUGCUCUAAGCACCUAGUCUACGCCUCCGCUGCACGGGUGGUCAUGGCCGUGCGCUCCGAAGCCCGCGGACACAAAGCGCUCCUCAAGAUCGAGGCCGAAACAGGGAAGAAAGGCGUCGCUGAAGUGUGGCCCCUCGAUCUGGGGGAUUUCGCCAGUGUUAAGAGGUUCGCAGAGAGAGCGAAGACGGAGCUUGAGGCGAUCGACGGCAUCGUUGAGAAUGCUAGUAUUGCUCUCAGCGAGUGGACUCUAAGCGAGGGUGUUGAGACCACAAUGGCGGUGAAUGUCCUGGGUACUUUCCUUUUGGCCGUGUUGUUGCUGCCCAAGUUGAGGGAAAAUGCAAUCAAGUCUGGCGUCGCGCCGAGGCUUACGAUAGUCGGGAGCAAUAUUGCUUGGUACCAAGGCCCCGUCAUGGGCACUAAGGGGCAGUUGGAGCGUAUUAACGAGGAUAUUAUCGAAGGGUUGAACGUGGAAGGGAAGUGGCCGAUGGACAAUCCUAGGUAUGCGAUAAGCAAGCUGCUCCAAACGUACGCAACUCGCCAGCUCGCCUCCCUCCUACCAGUCUCCGAAACCAAUAUCAUAAUCAACUGGCUGAGCCCCGGCCUCUGCAAAACAGGCCUCGCGCGGCACGCCAAAUUUUCGAGUCGUAUGCAGAUCGGUCUCGCGAACUGUCUCGUUGGUAGGACGGCGGAGAUGGGAAGUCGCACGCUCUUGCACGCAGUUAGUGCUGGAGUGGAGACCCACGGAAAGUAUCUGAAUGAUUGCGAUAUUAAGGAGGACGAGAUUCCAGACUGGACGUCGAACGCGGAAGGGCACAAAAUGCAGGAGCGGGUGUGGGCGGAUAUUGUUAGGAGGUUGGAAGAGGUGCAGCCCGGAUGCGUAAAGCGGGCUUUGGAACCCUGA